AUGUCGUUCGCCUCCUUUCCCAUCGAAUCAUUGGGCCUCAAGCAGGAAUAUGCCAACGCAUGUGCACGAGCGGGCCUCUCCACGGCCAGCGAUGUCCUCCUCGCCGUUCCCGCCGACCUCGCGAAGAAGCUGCGCAACGCUUCAGCUGCGCCAGUGCCGAUUCCUAACCUCGUACGAGCUGUCUCGCAGGCAAUCGCACCACAAGUACACUCAGCAGCAUCCUUCCUCUUGCCUCCCGAAGGAGUCGAGGAAGGUGCCGUGCCUGCGUUCAUCUCGACUGGCGACGCAGGGUUGGACGCCAUGCUUGGCGGGGGCGUGCGCGUGGGCGGAAUCACCGAGAUCACUGGCGAGAGCGCUGCCGGCAAGAGCCAUCUGACGCUCUCGCUGGCGGUGGCGGCGCAGCUCCCACCUCCUUUACCGUACGCGGAUACCGAAGACCAACCACCACCAGCGACUCCAGUGUCUCCAGGAGGCACCAUCAUCCUGACAUCCGAGCGCAUCCUCGCAACCUCGCGGCUUGUUGAGCUUGCCGAGGGUAUGAGCGCCGGUGUCGACCGCCCGGCCCCAAUAGACGAGAUCCUCGACAAUAUCCACACGUCGCGUGUCGUUGACAUCGACGCGCUCGAGCACGCACUCGCCUUCGCCAUUCCACCCAUGCUCGCACACAGACGACCGGAGACGUACUCACCCUUACUGGGGGAACGCGGCGCCGCGAGGAAGGAGAGACCCAGUAAACAGGGCAAAGGGUUCAAGCCAAUACGCCUCCUCAUCGUGGACAGUAUCACGGCUCUCCUCCGUGGCGAGACAGAGCGAUCGAGUACCAGCCUGACUCAGCGCUCGCGGCACCUCUGCAUCAUUGCGGACCGCCUCAAGGCUCUCGCCCUCGAGUACGAGCUUGCAGUCGUCGUCGUCAACCAGGUCAAGGAUGUGUUUGCGCCCGGCUUCGGCGUCAGGGCUCCCAUUACUUCGAACUUACCCGGCGUGAACACGAUGAACGGUGCCGAGGGCGUGACGAGACUUACAGGUUCUCUGUCGGCCGCUCCGUCGUCGCAGGCGAGCGACGUUGGUACCGCCCUCCCGCCCAUGUUGUACGCGAUCCAGGCGAGAAACUUCUCCGGACAAAGCCAAGGCGUGGCGAAAGAGGCGGCACUGGGCAUUGUGUGGGCGAACGCCGUCAACACGCGUCUCAUGCUGGCACGCACUGGGCGUCGGCGCGCCGUGUCUGACGACGACCUGCGUGGCGCCAAGCGCGCUCGUUCAGCUCACCCACCCCAACUUCCAUCCUCAGAUAGAGACGAUAAAGAGCUCGUGCGUCGGUUUCACCUUGUGUUCUCGCCAUUCGCACCGCCCGCCAUGCUCGACUACGUCAUUCUGGGCGACGGCAUCCGCUCGCUCCCCGCCUCUCUUCGUCUGGUCGACCUCGGCCCGGCUAUCCGCCGUCGCGACCUCCGCAUGCGCGCCGCGUUCGAGGAACCAGCCGAAGAGAUGCCCGCGCACCUCGGUUCGGACAUCUAUGACGAGAUGGACAUUCCUCCAGAGUUGUGGGAGGGCCUCGAUGACGACACCGAGGAGGAGCCGCCGUCACCGGUCGCUGUCGGCGUGGUCGAGUGA